CCACACCGACUCCAAACACUGAGAGAGGGAGAAAACCAGAGGUCACGCUGAUAGGAGAAAAAAAAGGCCACCGGCAUAUCUGAGAGACUCGACAGAGAGACAAAUCAGAGAGAGAGGAGACAACACCACGAGCACUGAAGAAAACUGCCUGGAGGACAGGACGCCACGUGUGUGUGCAUAUGUGUGUUGAGACAGACAUAGGUAGAUUCCAGUGAGAGCUGUGAGACUAACAGAGGACGAAAGCACAUCAUGGAUCCCUCGAGUAACUCCGAGGGCCCCGUGGAACACAAAGAAAGGAGGAAAAUCCAGUUCGCCGUCCAGGCAACAGAACCGACUCAGCUGGACCCUCGGCAGGUUGAAAUGAUUCGACGACGAAGACCCACACCGGCCACUUUGUUCAGAGUAGCAGACCAAACAACAUCUGAGGAUGACAUCUCCACCCAUCAGUGGGUUGUAGGAGAAAAUGGUGUCCUCAAGCCAAAACGAAUCAACCCGAAUAUCUACCAGCCACCCUCAUUAAAAGCUGUGCAGCAGAUGGCUGAAGCUCAAAUGCAGAAAUUAGGUGUGUAUCCUCAUGUAGAGGAGGAAGGGGAGGAGCCUCUUCAGAGAGAGGGGGAGGAGCUUUCCUCAUCUUGCAUACCUGAUUCACAGGAGCAAAGGGGCAUGGCAGAACACCAGCCUGGCAUGAGAAAGACAGGAACCACGGCACCGACUGAUGAAGAGGAGGAGGAGGAGGAAGAAGAAGAAGAAGUGGACGAUAUGGCAGAGGAUGAGUGCAGAAAUAUGGACUGAAAGAGUGAAAGUUUGUGAAACUUAAGAGAUUUUUUCAUAAUGCAGAUCCUUGUUUGUAAAUCAGAAUUAUUGUUCAAUGAUUACUGGUCAAUAAUUUCAUCAUUUGAUAAAAACAGCUGUCUGUUUGUAUUCAGAGACUCUGAAAGACUGGAAUUUUGAAAGGGAUCAAACAACCUCAAACAAAUAAUUCACCCCAACAUUGCCAUGAAAUAGAAAUAUAAGGUCAAAUCCAUCAGCAGUCAUAUUAUACCAUCCCUGCGAUUCAUACAUUCAAAUAAACAAGUAGAAAUGUUUAGUUCUAAGAGCAGCACGGUACAAAUGUGAAGUGUUGAGAAAUGUGUUCAUGUCAUGUUUUAUGCGUGUGUUUGAGUCUCAGUAUGUUUUGUGAUCGGUGCAUUUCCGUGGGCCUACACUGCCAUCUGGAGUACAAAAAAAUGUUAUAAUGAAUUCCAUGAACUAAUUUGCCAAGAACAAUAAUACCAGAGCACAUGCGAAGUAUUUCACAGCAUUAUUGUGUAGCUUUAUUUGUUAAACCUCUGCCCACAUCCUGGCAGUUGGACUGCACUUCAAACUAUAGUUAAUUUGGCAGAAAAAAAGAA